AUGGGCAUAAAAAAUGUUGUUUCUCUUCCUCUCCGCCUCCCUAUAAUCUCAAUUGUUCUAUUUUGUGUUUUGAUUUCAACCCAACAUUGUGUAGCGGCAACUGCAAACCAGAAUGGCGAGUCGCUGAUAAACAAAACAUGCAAACAGACACAAUUUCCGGAUGUUUGCAGCUCAACUUUGGAGUCAGAUCCUCGGAGCUCAAAUGCAGUAGAUGUGAGGGGACUAUCCAGGAUAGGUUUGGAGCUGGUGUUUACAAAAGGUGAAGAAACAGUAAAGGUUGCCCACGACCUGGCGAUGCAGAGAGGUAUUAGUUAUGACACUUGGGCACGCCGGUUGGGAUGCAUGAUGUCCUAUAAUUUGAGCAUCCAUAAUGUUAAGGAGAAGGGUCUCCCCAAUUUUGACGCCAGGAGGUAUAAGGAUGCUUAUCAAAUUCUGGAAAAUGCUUGGACGGAAAUAAAUUAUUGCAGUACGCUUAACGUGCCAGAGCUUGCUGAAAGGAAUACGAUGAUGACAAAGUUUCUCACUGCUUUGAAGACCAUUCUCCAUCUCCUCUUCUAA